AUGAAAUCUGAUGGUUACCCUGAUAUGCAAAAUAUGAGCGACAUCAACGGCUCAGAAACCUUUGAGCCCGUGAUACGUUCGGGGUUUAUAGCCCGCGUUGGCUCAAACUGCUCUUAUAGAGGGCGGGCUCUCUCAGUCAAACACGUGCCAUUUAAUGAGGUGGAUUUCGGGCAGAUCAAGAGCUGGAUCGCAGAUUGCACUGGAAACCAUUCAGACGCUGUCUGCAACCCAACCCAGGUUCAUGAAAUCCCACACUUUCGGCUUAUUCACUGCGCGACGAGGGAUAUCGUCCAUAUAGAUACAGCGCCGCCGCCACACACCGCCUUGAGUUACGUCUGGGGUGCCGUCCAAGAUGGUCCGCAGAACCAGCAUAGUCUUGCCGGCCUCAAAAUGGAAACAGUCGUGGAGGAUGCGAUCAAGGUUACUCUCGCUCUAGGCUACGAGUAUCUCUGGGUAGAUCGAUAUUGCGUUGACCAGACGCCCGGAUCGGUCAAAGACGAGCAGCUACGGCACAUGAACUUUGUAUACCAUGGCGCGGAGGUCACCAUCAUCGAUGCAGCAGGAGAAGAGUCAUCCUUUGGCCUACCGGGUGUGAGCCAACGAUUUCGAAAACGGCCGCCGGCGAGAAAAGUGCAGGGACACAUCCUGACUACCAUCCCUCCUGAGCCGAGCCGUGAAAUAAAGUCGUCUAAGUGGGCCACUCGGGGGUGGACCUACCAGGAGGGAUUGCUUUCUCGGCGCCGUCUAUUCUUUACGCAGUACGAGGUGUCAUUUGAGUGCGGUGGCAUACUUGCCAGAGAGGCCAUCACCGUGCCCCCUAUACUAAGCAAGUUCUCAACUCGGCUACGCAACACUCGAAACAAUAGGGAUCGCCUCCAGCCCAGCUCAUGGCUCUUCCCCUUGGGUGGUGUCACCAACAUGGAGGAAGACGACUUGGGGGUGCAUCAACGACUAUCGGAGUACGCACCACGGCAACUGACGUAUGAGCUCGAUGCUUUGAAUGCGAUGCUGGGGGUUCUUCAGUUGUAUUUGUCGUUGCCGCAACCGGCUUAUCACCUCUGUGGCAUUCUUAUUGUUCCACAGACGCAUAGAUAUGACUGGUCUCCGGGUGGCCCGUCUGUGUACGUGGAUGUUGACCCUAAUACUGUGGCGGCGAAUCUGGCGGGGUUUGUUUAUGGUUUGCUGUGGACUUGUCGUCAGCCGGGGACACGACGGGGGGGAUUUCCCAGCUGGUCGUAG